CCGCCGUAUCAGGAAUAGAUGAAGCUGUUAAAAAAAAUAACAAAGGCAGUUUCACUUACAAAAGAUUAUAAACUGGAUGAAGAACAGAGUCAAUUUGAUAUGGAAAUGGAAGAUUUCCAAUACGAUCUUAAAAACAAAGAACGAAUAUACGAACAACAAAAAAACAUUUACGUCAGUUUGGAGAGAUUAAUGAGUGUAUCACAUGACAUCACCUUUAUCACUUCAUACGAAACGCUAAAGAGAGAUAUACAUGACAUAAGUGAUUUACUUGGAGAAAGAGGGAAAGAAAAAGUGUACAAGUUUGACCAAAAGGUGUUUGUUCAGGAAGUUGUGAAUGCAAUUGUGGCUGAUUUUCAAAUGAGCUUGGUAGGUAAAGAAGAUGGAAGUGUUGUUUUAAUGCACAAAGCAGACAUCAAAGAGAAGGUAACGUUAUACAAAUCAUGA